AUGGUGAGUCUGGCUGGACAGCAGGCUGCAGUGGAGGUGAAAGCCACGGACCCUCGAGGACUUCAGGCUACGACCAAGGUGGAGGUGGAGGUCAAGGGAAGUGCGAGCAGCAGUGACGUGGUGGUCAUCUCCCUCAACCAGCCCGCCAACGUCGUGGAGAAGAAAGUCCCCGAGUUGGAGAAGGCUCUAGGUGGUGCUCUGGGCUGGACCGUGAACAUCAUCGAGGUGUCCAGCGCCAACGGAGAUACCUCUGGGGCGGCUGAGAGGAAAGCUCUGGUCAGAUUUGUCGCUGUAGACGGAGGGGAGGUCCUUUCCUCUGAAGAAGUCAUAAAGAAGCUGCAGAGCCAAUCAGCUGCUGUGACGGCAGAGCUGGUCAAAGUGUUUGGGCCGGGUGUUCACUUUGACGUGGAGAUGAAGCCCUCCAAAACCUCAACGGCCCUGGCCAUCGCUCUGGGCGCGUCCUGUUGUCCCUGGGAUUGA